CAGGUUUUCUGGAACCAAACCAGGUGAGGCAGCUGCCUGUAGGGAAUCUGCUCCGCUUUUGGAAAGAAGCGGGGUCUCGCUAGGGCAGCUGAUAACGGGGAAGCACAAUGGACUCGGUUUGAGUGCCAAAGUGGCGCAGAACAUUCUGAUAAAAGCAUAUUAUAAGUGUACGCGAGUGCAGUAUGAAGAGUGAAGAUAAUAAGAGUGUUGCAAGACUGAUCAUUGGAUGACAUCUGUCUUUUGUGAUAAAUAAUUGGAUGGAUCUCAGUUAUACAUAUUGAAAAUUUUUUUACACGUACUGAUAUAACGUAUAUUUAUUAAAUAAAAAGCAGAUAUUUAUACAUUAUGCAUUGGAUCAAGAUCUCAUGUAUUUUGUGUAUGUUUGGAUGUUUUAAAGAUUUCCGACCAUCGGAAUCUUUUAUAGCUGAUUAUUUAACUGGACCGUGGAAAAAUUUUACAGCCAAUGAAGUGAAUCAUGAAAUCUAUCCUGUCACCACAUACAGUUACUUAUCGACAUUAAUUAUAAUGUUCCUUAUUACAGAUUUCAUAAGAUAUAAACCCAUCAUAAUACUUUGUGGUCUCUCUGGCAGUAUAACUUUCCUUUUGAUAAUAUUUGGAAAGAUUGUGCUGGUUUUACAGAUUGCUAAAUUCUUUUUCGGCUUGUUUUUGUCCGCGGAAGUUGCUUAUUAUACUUACAUAUAUGCCAAAGUAGAUAAAAAUCACUAUCAAGAAGUUACAAGUCACACUAAAGCAGCUUCUUUAUUUGGACGCAGCUUGUCUGGCAUCAUAGCACAGUUAACAACUUCCUUCGACCUAUUAAAUUAUCAUCAACUCAAUUAUUUAACUUUUUCAGCCAUGAGCAUUGCAACAAUCUGGGCAACGUUCUUGCCUCCUGUUGGUCAGUCAAUUUAUUUCCAUCGUACUAAUGUUCCCGACGAUGAAGAAAAAAAUUCCGUUAUUAUACAACAGGCAAUCGAUCAAUCACACCAGUCAAAUAAUUCACGGAAAUUUUGUAACAAAAGCAAUAAAACGAAGCCGGGUAUAUUAUUGCUUCGUAAACUCAAAAACGCGUAUGCGUUGCUGUGGAAACAUUUUGUGCUAGCUUACACUAAUUAUCGAGUGAUUAAAUGGUCGGCUUGGUGGGCUUUGUCUACUUGUGGUUAUCUCAUGGGUGCAACUUAUUCACAAUUACUGUGGCAAACUGCAAUAAAGCCAGGUGAUAAGAUUUACAAUGGCGCUGUGGAUUUUACAUACGCGAUCGUAGGUGCAAUAAGCGUAUUUUCUGUAGGAAAGAUACGCUUAAAUUGGAUUUUAUUAGGAGACAUAAUGUGUUCUGUGUUCGCGUUCUUACAAGGCUCUAUAUUAUUGGCAUCUUCUUAUAGUUACAACAUUUGGUUUUUAUAUGCUGGGUAUAUCAUAUUCGGCGUAAUUUAUCACACUAUGGUCACUGUCGCAAGUUUUGAGGUCGCUAAGUGUAUAUCCGAAGAUAGUCAUGGUUUAAUAUUUGGCGUAAAUAUAUUUCUCGCCUUAUUGAUGCAAAGCCUGCUGACAUUUAUAGUUGUCAAUACGAUUAUGCUGGACAUCAGACACCAGUUCUUUGUCUACGGUGGCUAUUUUAUAGUCUUAGCUAUGAUAUAUAUUGUGCUGGGUGUAAUCAACAUUCUACAAUAUCAUCAUAACAUGACUCAACAGCGAAUUAGAUAAACUUUUUAUUCUAUAUUAGUAGAUAUCAACA